CCUCCCUCCUUGCCCGCCCGGUAGCAGGUCUGGGCACGGUUCGCCGGAGCAACUUGGCGGCGCGUCCCCUUCCUCCCUCUCCCCGGGCCAGCGCGGCCAUGGCGGGCGGGCGGCCCCGCCGCUCCUAAAGCCCCCGCUGCCGGGGUGGGCACGGUUGAUGUCGGUCACUGACCAUGAGCACCCUCGCCUUCGACGAUGCGGCCCUGGAGGGGCUGGCGCCGUCCCUCGGCCUCUCCGGGGCCAACGACAUCGACAUGGCCCUUCUCAGCGACAUCGACGACAUGCUCCAGUUGAUCAACACACCGGACAAUGACUUCUCGGGGCUGUUUGACUCCUCGUUCAGUGCCCCCGACAGCGCCGUGGCCCCGGGGCUCCCCCCAGCCCCGGGCACCCUUGGCACUUACCUGGGGCCCAGCAAGCCACCCCCCACCUCCCCCACCAGCGGCGGCGUCUACCCAGGACCCUCCGGGAUGGCAACCUUCACCCCACAGCCCCCAGCCCUGCUCCAGCCGGCACCAGUACCAGCACCGGGUGUCAAGGAGGAGCCGGUGGCUGUGGCCAGCAGCCAGCCCCAGCCCCAGCCCGGCAUGAUGGUGGCCUCCAGCUUCGUCCCCGCGUCCCCCACUGGCCAGUUCAACCCCCAGCCCUUGGUGGGCUACCAGAACCAGCACACCUUCUCUGCUGUGCAGCCUGGGGGUGCAGGGCAAACCCUACCCAGCUCCCUGCCCACCCCACAGCCGGGCCAGCCCGUGACACUGCCUGGCCCUGUGCAGAGCGUGGCUCCCCCGCAGCUCCUGGCCCCCGCUGCCCCCCAGCCCGUCUCAUCCCAGAUCCAGCCGGUGCCGGUCCUCCUGCAGCCCCAUUUCAUCAAGGCUGACUCCCUGCUGCUGACAGCCGUCAAGACAGACGCUGGCAGUGCCAAGACCUCCACCAUCACCUCCCUGGCCACCAGCGCCAGCGGUUCUGCCACCCCCCUGCAGGUGCCGGCGCUGGUGAGCGGAGGGACCAUCCUGGCCACGGUGCCGCUGGUGGUGGACGCCGAGAAGUUGCCCAUCAACCGUUUGGCACCCAGCGGGAAGGCGGCGCUGGUGCAGAGCCGGGGGGAGAAGCGCACGGCCCACAACGCCAUCGAGAAACGCUACCGCUCCUCCAUCAACGACAAGAUCGUGGAGCUCAAGGACCUGGUGGUGGGCACUGAGGCCAAGCUCAACAAGUCGGCAAUCCUGAGGAAGGCGAUCGAGUACAUCCGCUUCCUGCAGCAGAGCAACCAGAAGCUGAAGCAGGAGAACCUCACCCUGAAGAUGGCCAUGCAGAAGAACCAGUCCCUGAAGGACCUGGUGUCCUCCUGCAGAGGAGGGUCCAAGGCAGAGGCCCCCACGGAGGUAGUGAAGGCGGAGGUGAUGGAGAUGCUGACGCCACCGCCCUCAGACGUGGGCUCUCCGUCCCACAGCAGCCCACUGUCACUCAGCGGGGGCAGCAGCAACAGCAGCAGUGACUCAGAGCCUGACAGCCCCCUCUGUGACCAUGGCAAGGUGAAGCAGGAGCACAGACCACCACCCUCACCCAGCAGCCAGGGCAUGCUGGACCGGUCCCGCAUGGCCCUCUGCGCCUUCGUCCUCCUCUGCCUCUCCUUCAAUCCCCUGUCCUCCCUCCUCCGAGGAUCUGGUGCCUCAGCAUCUGUGGGGAGUGCAGGCACUGCCGGCCCUGGCAGGACCAUCAUGGCUGAGUCUGGCACCGUGGAGGAGCCGUGGGGGUGGUCGCAGUGGCUGUGGCCCACCCUGGCCUUCUGGGUGCUGAACACCGGGCUGGUGCUGGGGGCGGUGGUGCGGCUCUUCGUCUGCGGGGAGCCCGUCACCCGCCCCCACUCCGAGCCCUCCAUUCUCUUCUGGAGACACCGCCGCCAGGCAGACCUCGACCUCCACCGGGGGGACUUUGCGCAGGGGGCUCAGCACCUCCGGACGGCGCUGGGGGCCCUGGGUCGGCCCCUGCCCGCCUCCCACGGGGACCUGGCCUGCAGCCUGCUCUGGAGCCUCCUCCGACACCUGCUGCAGCGCCUCUGGGUGGGCCGGUGGCUGGCUGCCCGUGCCGGGGGGCUGCGCCCCGACCCCCCGACCCGCGACCACGUCCGACAGAGCGCCCGCGAUGCUGCCAUGGCUUACCACCGCCUGCACCAGCUGCACCUCGCUGGGAAGCAGGCAGGGGGGCACCUCUUGGCCAUCAACCUGGCCCUCAGCGCUGUCAACCUUGCUGAGUGCGCCGGUGACGCCGUCUCUGUGGCCGCCCUGGCUGAGAUCUACGUGGCAGCCGCCCUGCGGGUCAAGGCCAGCCUGCACCGCUGCUUCCACUUCUUGGCUCGCCCUUUCCUCUGCAGCGCCCGCCGCGUGGCCCUGUCCCACGGUGGGGCCGUGCCCCCCGCCAUGCAGUGGCUCUGCCACCCCUUGGGCCACCGGUUCUUUGUCGAUGGGGACUGGGCCGUCAAGGGUGUGCCAAGGGAGACCAUCUACAGCUCCACCGGCAACCCAGUGGACCCUCUGGCACAGGUGACCCAGCUCUUCCGUGAACACCUCCUGGAGAAGGCGUUGUGCUGCGUGGCCAUGCCCGAGCCCGGCCGCCCCGCUGCCCAGGGAGAAGGCAGGCGUUUCUCCGAUGCUCUGGAGUACCUCCAGCUGCUCAAUGGCUGCUCUGAUGCCAGCAGUGAGCCUGGCCCUGCACCCUCCAUCAGCUCUGGCUUGGCUGCCAUCACAGGCACCGACCCUGUGUCCAAGUGGUGGGCAUCCAUCAUCACCACGGUUAUUCACUGGCUGCAGGGAGAUGAGGAGGGGGCUGAACGCCUCUACCCACUGGUGGAGACCAUGCCCCGGGCACUGCAGAGCUCUGAGAGGCCCCUUCCCCGCGCCGCCCUGCACUCCUUCCGCGCCGUCCGCGCCAUGCUGAGCAAACAGGACAGCCUGAGCCACUGCGAGAAGGCCAGCAGCUGCCUGCGGGAGAGCCUGGAGCUGGGCAACCCUCCCAAGGGCAACAUCGACAAGGCUGUCCAGCUCCUGCUGUGUGACUUGCUCCUGGUCACCCGCACCAACCUGUGGCAGCAGCAGAUGACCGCCAGCCAGCAGCGCAGCUGCCUCUACCAGGCCUCUGCCCUCGAGCUCCGUGGCUUCCAGCAGGACCUCAGCAGCUUGCGCCGCCUGGCCCAGACCCUUCGCCCCGCCAUGCGCCGGGUGUUCCUGCAUGAAGCCACCGCCAGGCUCAUGGCUCGGGCCAGCCCCACGAGGACCCAUCAGCUGCUGGACCGCAGCCUGCGGAGGAGAGGGGUGCAGGGCAGCAAAACAGCUGGUGAGCCCGAGAGCCACCCCACGCCGCGGGAGCACGCCGAGGCUCUGCUGCUGGCCUGCUGCUACCUCCCACCCAGCUUUCUCUCGGGUCCGGGCCAGCGGGUGGGCAUGCUGGCCGAGGCUGCCCGCACCCUGGAGAAGCUGGGGGACAAAAGGACGCUGCACGACUGCCAGCAGAUGAUCAUCAAGCUGGGCAGUGGCACCACUGUCACAUCGGGCUAAGCCGGGAAAGGAGGGGGGGGCACGCUGCCAACCCCCCCCCGCCAGCCCCCCACCGCUCUAGGAUGUUGGGAUGGGGGUGGCUGAGGGUGGUGGGGAGGCGUAUGCCUCAGUUUCCCCCCUGGGUUGUGAGCUGCUUCUGCGGGAGCAGUUUUUAAGGUGAUGGGGAGGUUGGGGAGGGGCAGGUUGGUGCCCAGUGGCACCGGUGGUGGGUGUGUGUGGGGGUCUCGGUUUGGGAUAGCCACGCGUGGGGCACCCCAAGUGGGCUCAGCCACCCCCAUGGCGCUGCCCUGUCCUCCGCCUGCUUGGGUGACGGGACGUGGGGACCUCUAGUGACACUGUCGCAGUAUUGCAUGGCAUUGGGAUGCUCGGCCAGCCUGGCCCAGUGCCGCCCAGUGCCACCCACAGCCCUGGCACUGCGUGGGGACCCGGCAUCCCUGGUGUCCCCUCCCUGACCUCCCCCCCUCCUUGGGUCCCUCUGCCACAGGGGAGGUAGGGGGGGACUGGGGUUGUGUUGGGGUGCCCUGGCCUUGCUCCCAUUGUAGGGGGAGGGGAUUUGGCCCCAGAGUGGUGGCUCAGGGCCCCCUCCACCACCAUGCCCCAGGUAGGCAGGAGGCCCCCCCAGCACUGAGCAGUACCCCCCAGCACUGACCCCCCCCCUUCCAGUCCGUGAGGAGCUGCCACUGCCCCCCAGCAUGGCCAGGCCUGAGCACUGUUGAAGGGGUGGCACAGGGCUCCCAGGGGACUGGUGGGUGCCCCCCAUUCCCUUGCUGCACCCCCUCCCCUUGUACAUAGCCCCCCCCACCCCCAGCCUCUUCCCUCCCCCCCCCCCUUGCCUUUUUAAACGGUAUUUUCAUAGUUGGAGAGUUUUGUACAGACCAUUAAAGCUGAUUAUUUAUA